AUGGUGGCCUUUGUCUCAGAGGAUAACAUCCAUCAGAGUUCAAACUCCACCUAUAGAACCGCAAGCAGCUCUCUGUGUUCGGACCAGGAAGCCCUGCUUGAGAAGCUGCUGGACCGCUCACCACCCAGCCUGCCGAGGCCCGAGGACCGCUUCAACGGUGCCUACAUCAUCUUCUUCAGCCUGGGCAUUGGCGGCCUCCUGCCAUGGAACUUCUUUGUCACCGCCAAGGACUACUGGAUAUUCAAACUCCGCAACUGCUCCAGCCCAGCCCCAGGGGAGACACCUGAGGACUCGGACAUCCUGAACUACUUUGAGAGCUACCUCUCCAUCGCUUCCACCGUGCCCUCCGUGCUGUGCCUUGUGGCGAACUUCCUGCUUGUCAACAGAGUUCCGGUUCAUGUCCGUGUGCUGGCCUCGCUGUCUGUCAUGCUGGCCAUCUUCGUGGUCAUGACCGUGCUGGUGAAGGUGGACACCUCCUCCUGGACCCGCAGCUUCUUUGCUGUCACCAUCGCCUGCAUGGCCAUCCUCAGUGGCACCUCCACCGUCUUCAAUAGCAGCGUCUUCGGCAUGACGGGCUCCUUCCCUAUGAGGAAUUCCCAGGCGCUGAUAUCAGGAGGAGCCAUGGGCGGCACCAUCAGUGCCGUGGCCUCCCUGGUGGACCUGGCAUUGUCCAAUGAUGUGACGGACAGCACCCUGGCCUUCUUUCUGACUGCGGACGUCUUCCUCGGGCUCUGCAUCGGGCUCUACCUGCUGCUGCCCCGGCUGGAGUACGCCAGGUACUACAUGAGGCCUGUUUGGCCCGCCCACGUGUAUUCUGGUGAAGAGCAGCCAGGCCAGGACUCCCCCACUGCCCCUUUGGCGGCCCCCAGGCCCAGCUCCUCCCCGACGCCACCCCUGCGCCCCAUCCUAAAGAAGACAGCUGGUCUGGGCUUCUGCAUCAUCUACCUCCUCUUCAUCACCAGCAUCAUCUUCCCCGCCGUCUCCACCAACAUCGAGUCUCUGGACAAGGACUCGGGCUCGCCGUGGACCACCAAGUUCUUCGUCCCCCUCACUGCCUUCCUGCUGUUCAACUUCUCUGACCUGUGUGGCCGGCAGAUCACAGCCUGGAUCCAGGUGCCAGGGCCCAGAAGUAAGGUGCUCCCUGGGCUGGUGCUGCUCCGGACCGGCCUCGUCCCCCUCUUUGUGUUCUGCAACUACCAGCCCCGUGUCCACCUGCAGACGGUGGUCUUCCCGUCCGACAUCUACCCAAUGCUGUUCAGCUCCCUGCUGGGGCUCAGCAAUGGCUACCUCAGCACGCUGGCCCUCAUCUACGGGCCGAAGAUCGUGUCCAGGGAACUGGCUGAGGCCACAGGGGUGGUGAUGUCCUUCUACAUGUACUUGGGCUUGGUGCUCGGCUCCGCCUGCUCGGCCCUGCUUGUGCACCUUAUCUAGGAGGGGGCUGUGGCAAGAGGGUCGGUGCUGAGCCAGGCUUGGGAGCUCGGAGAGAUGGCAGGACCCGCCCGGAGGGCUGGAGUUGGGCUCAGUGUGGACAGCAGAGCACACUGGGCCUCAUCUGUCUCCGGGGAGUUGGUGGCACGUGCUGCCUCCAUGCCAGGCAGAAACAUUCCAGACACCUUAACAGAACGCUCCUGAGACUUGAAGACCAAAAGACAUCUGAAUAAGACACAGCCACAGGCAGCGUGGGGCGUCCCAGCUGCGGUUGCAUUCUGCCUUUCUGUAUAGCCUGUUGGGGACCGUGUUGCCAGUGUUCGGCUCAGUGAAGUGCCAACACCCAGCCUUGCUCCUUCCAGGUGACAGCAAGGUGUGGGAAUUCUCAACCCUCCCUAACCGGAGGGGUCCCCCUGGAAAAGAAGUCCCCAUGGGAUGGCCAGUCUUUAGGUACAAGACCCAAGCCUGUGCAGACCCUGCUUUCUGGGGGUGUGAGAGCACCCACCUACCAGACUGGGACACCCGAAGAGGCCUUCCGGAGCCCUUCAUUCCUUAAACCUGGGCUCCAGAAAGCUUCCCAGGACUGAAGACCAAGCAGGUCAGGCCUACAUUUUCAAACAGGGAUCUUUAAAGUGGUCUAUGGCCUGGGGCAGGGCUGGGUCUUUUGACAUUGAUGUUUACAACAUGGUCAUUGGUUCAAGGGCAUAAUAAAUACCUGGGUAUUUAAUGAA